AUGGCAGAUUCUGUCGUGACCGCGAUGGGUGGCACCGCCAGCGAUCUGCUGGUCAAUGGCGACAUGGCUGGCCAGCCAGUCGCCAAUGGCAAUGCAUCACUACCAACGGAAAACGGAACCAGCACGACCACUGCACCAAGACUAAGCGCGGAUGAAAUCGCGCUCUACGACCGCCAAAUACGCCUAUGGGGUGCUCAAGCACAAGAACGCAUCCGCUCAGCCAACAUUCUACUCGUAUCACUUCGGGCCCUCGGCACGGAAAUCGCAAAGAACCUCACUCUGGCCGGCAUCAGCUCACUUACCAUCAUCGACGACGAGAUCGUGACAGAAGAAGAUCUGGGUGCCCAGUACUUCCUGCGCGAGGGGGACGUUGGUAAAUCCCGAGCCGAAGCAGCCAUCCCACGCAUCCAAGAGCUCAACCCCCGCGUCAGCGUUAAAUCCGGCGGCAGUCUCGCCAAUCUACUCCCCCAAGACCAGACCUACUACGCCCCAUUCUCCUGCGUCAUAGCCUGCGACCACGACUUCAACACCCUCUCCAGCAUCAACACCGCCGCCCGCUUCGCCUCUAUCCCUUUCUACGCCGCCAGUAUCCACGGCUUUUACGGCUACAUCUUCGCCGACCUCGUCUCGCAUGACUUUGUCGUUGAGCGGGAGAAAUCGAAUAUCGCUACUGCUCCCGGUGUGGAGACCCUGACGCGCUCGGUGCUGAGUGUGACGAAUAGAAAGGAGAGUAGUGGCAAGACUAUUGAGAUUGUGAAGAAGAGGGAGAUUUACUGCCCGCUUAUCCUUGCUAACAGCUCGCCUUUGAGUCCGGACAUUUUAUCCUCGAGACGCAAGCUCAAGGCUGUGCCUGCUCUGCUGCCUUGUCUGCGUGCCUUGUUCGAUUUCGAGCGUACUUAUGCUCGUCUACCAACGCAUCAGGCGCAGGAUCUGGCUAUCUUUACUACCCUCGCCACGACCAAGUCACGGGAACUGCAACUACCACCCGAAACCCUCAAAUCAGAGUUCCUAAGGUCUUUCAUGCAAAACCUAGGGGCUGAGAUCGUCCCCACGGCUGCUUUCGUGGGUGGGAGGUUGAGCGAAGAUGUCAUCAAUGUGUUGGGUAUGAGGGAGCAGCCGAUCCAGAACCUCGGGUUGUUCGAUGGCGAGGGCUUGGAUGGCAGGAUUUACUCGCUUUUCAGUCCGCCGCCGGAGUUGACGUUGGGUAUGGGUGCGGGCUUGAAUGGGAUGAAUGGUCUGAGUAAUGGUGUUGAUACCAUGGCUGGGUUACUUGAUGGUGCGGGCAUGCCUGCGAACGGUAUGAUGGGCGCCGCGAUGGAGGGCAAUGGGAUGGUGGGGGUUACGAGUGCGCCUAUGAAUGGUGCUGAAGUUGUUAAUCUGGACUAA